GUGUAACCGGCAAAACUUCAACUCCGCGGAACUGCACUUGGCAACAAGUCUCCCGCCGCUUGAGGGUCAAGGUCAGCGCGCUUACCCAUCAGCUGCUGUGCGCAUGUGUGGCAGAGUAGAGGAUGCUUGAAAGUCGAAGUCGCAGUUGGAGUUUGGAGCCGGACCCGUUGCCGGUGCCGGGUGCCCGGGGUUAGGGGACUGAAAAGAAGAAGAACCAGCAGCCGGUGGUAGUGGUGGUUUCCCAAGCCGGUUAGGCCUCUUUUUGCGCGGCUCACCACCAUAUUUUAUUGUGGUGCGAUCAUGGGGUUUAUAAAAUAAUCGCACCACUUAAUAAGGACCAGAUGCGAGGGCAGUUCUAAAAGUUCUUGAAUAUUCCAUUUCUCUGGAAAGGAGACUUUUGCAAAACCUAUCAUUGUAUUUGGAGUUGACCAGAAACUGCUUUGGAAAACUGUGUACAAAAUUUUCAUUGAAAAUAAUAUAUAUUUUUGAAAUAAAAAAUAAAUAUGUCCCGCAAUAAGGGUGGUAGCGAUAAAUGCGCCUGCCGGCUGGUCAAGGAGGUUAACCAACUAAAGACCGUCGUCAAUGCCCAGAGCAAGGUCCUGGCCAAGCUGGUGCGCCAAAUGAAGGAAGGCUGCAAGAAGAAGGACGAGGAUGAAGAUGGGUGCACCAUUUGCGGUCUGAAUCCUUGCAUCAAAUGCCUGAAUCCGGAUGUUCUCUACCAUCUUGGACUGAAUACCGAUACCACGGACUUUCCAAAGGUGUUCGGGGAUGUAAAGUUCGUUUGCAUGGGCGGGACACCGGGGCGGAUGGAGGCCUUUGCCUAUUAUGUAAUGCAGGAGAUAGGACUGAAGCUGAAUCCGGCAACGAAGCUCACCGACAUGGCAGAGUCCGGUAAACGUUACGGCAUGUUCAAAGUGGGACCCGUUCUCUGUGCCAGCCACGGCAUGGGCUGUCCCUCCAUCUCGAUCCUGCUCCACGAACUCAUCAAGACGAUGUACCACGCCAAGUGCAAAGAUCCAGUCUUUAUUCGGAUGGGAACAUGCGGAGGUCUUGGCAUUAGUCCCGGCACUGUGGUGAUCUCCUCAGAGGCGGUGAGCGCCAAGCUAGAGCCCGUCCACGAGAUAAUAGUGCAUGGCAACAGCGUGCUGCAUCCCAGCCAGCUGGACGAGGGCUUAGCCAAUGAAAUCAAGUCGUGCCACGAUCCCUGCCAGGACAAGUUCGAUGUGGUAAUUGGACGGACCAUGUGUGCCCACGACUUUUACGAAGGCCAGUCCCGGUUAGAUGGUGCCUUCUGCGAGUACACGCCCGACGCCAAAAUGGCCUACCUGGAGCAGUUGCAGGCUCAGGGUGUUACGAACAUCGAGAUGGAGAGCCUGGCGUUCGCGGCCCUAACCAGUCGGGCCAACAUCCGGUCAGCUGUGGUGUGUGUCGCCAUUCUUAAUCGCCUGGAAGGAGAUCAGAUUACAACACCGCAUGACAUCCUAAGCGGAUUUGAUAAGCGUCCUGCUACCCUCGUUGCUCGCUAUAUAAGAAAAGUUCUGUACCCCGUCGAGGACUCUGAUGAGGCAUCCGAGGCGGAGUCUGAGGAAGGUGGCGGAGGUGCUGGAGACAGCAAGCCACCACCACCUGCCGAAGAGGAAGCUGAAUAGGGCUUCCAACUCCUUUAACUAACCAGUAGCAUAUGUUAAA